ACUUGGAGAUAGGCACAAAGUGCUGGCGUAACUCAACGGGUCAUAACACUUGGAGAACGGAUUAGCUCUUGCCUGGAGCAAUGAUAAAAUGCUGUAAAUCCAUGGACUGCUGCAAACCAGUGAAUAGCAAUAGAUGGCUAUACCCCACGCUGCUUCUUUGUGCCUAUGGAUUCUUCUCAACAAUGAGACCUUCGGAGCCUUUUUUAAUACCCUAUCUUGUUGGACCUGACAAAAAUUUAACCAUUGACCAGGUUACAAAUGAAAUAUUUCCAGUAUGGACCUACUCUUACAUGGUAGUAUUAAUCCCUGUCUUCUUGGUCACAGAUUAUCUCAGAUAUAAACCUAUCAUAAUCUUACAAGGAAUGAGUUUUAUUACUACUUGGCUAAUGCUCCUAUUUGCGCAGGGGGUCCUGGCCAUGCAGUUCUUAGAAUUCUUCUUUGGCAUUGUGUCUGCAACUGAAGUAGCUUAUUACUCGUAUAUUUACAGUGUUGUCGAUUCAGACCACUACCAAAAAGUGACCAGUUACUGUCGGAGCGUUACAUUGGUUGCAUACACCCUAGGCUCCAUUCUCGGACAGGUUUUAGUCUCAGUUGGGAAUGUAUCCUACUUCAUUCUAAACGUGAUUUCACUGGUUUCAGUGUCGCUGGCCUUCCUUGCUUCCUUCCUCCUACCAAUGCCCAAAAGAAGCAUGUUCUUCCACAAGAAAGAAGCCAAAGACAAUCAGGUCCUGCCAUCUACUGAAGACGUCAAGCCUGCCUCCGGAAAUAUUUGUCCUCAGAAUGAUCUAGACACAGCAGCCACCUCACGUUGUCCAGCCAGCUCGCGUGAAGGUGACCCUAGUCUGGUGAAAGCAACCGAACGCAAGGGCAUGAUGAAGGAUCUCUUCCAACUGUGUUCUGAUUUCAAGGAAAGCUAUUCCUCUCCAAAAAUUAUCUACUGGUCUGCAUGGUGGGCAUUGUCCACCUGUGGGUACCUGCAAGUUGUCAAUUAUAUCCAGGUGCUGUGGGACUACGUUGAACCAUCCCAAAGAAACACGGUAUACAAUGGCGGCGUGGAAGCUGUGUCGACCUUUAUGAGUGCUGUCAUGUCCUUUGCUGUGGGCUUUGUAAAGAUGGAUUGGGCAGUGUGGGGAGAACUGGCCCUCGGCAUCUUCUCAGUGGUGGAUGCUGGUGCUUUAUACACUAUGGAUCGUGCAAACAAUAUCUGGGUUUGUUAUGCCAGUUACAUUGCUUUCAAAGCAUCCUACUUCUUGUUAAUUACCAUAGCAACGUUCCAAAUAGCAGCUAACCUGAGUGUGGAGCGCUACGCUUUAUUGUUUGGGGUAAAUACCUUUGCGGCUCUACUUCUGCAGACCAUUCUGACCAUCAUUGUUGUGGAUUCAAGAGGCCUUGGUUUGGAUAUUAUCACCCAGUUCCUUGUUUAUGGGACAUACUUUGCAGCUAUAGCAGGACUUUUCCUCAUCAGAGGAAUUUACACCUUUUAUCAAAGUCGACAGAAAAGAACUCGGCAGGAUGGGUCAGAGGUCAUCAAUGAAAACACUUCACCAUCUGGAACUGAGACAUACCUUGCAGAACGAUUUUGACAUUUUGUCCAUUGAAAAGUGUUGGACUUUUGUUGUUAGCAUUUCUCACUCAAUCCUCUUGGUCAGGUGGCUAGAACAUUUGUCCAGGGAUAUCUGCAAAGAUCACAUUCAAUUAGUUACUCAUUAAGAAGAUAAAGGACCAUUCAUGGGAUUCAAUCCAAUGCAGGAAAUCGGUUAUUUAGAGUGUUUAAACACAUUCCUUUCAGCCAAGGGUGUUUUAUUGUUAGAUACUAGACAAAGUGGGACCCAUUGGGUCCAGUCCCCCCAACACGCGGUUGCGUGGGGAGGGGGUGGCCUGCGGCAUCACACACACACUGACCAACCCCUCGCACACACAUUAACCACCCCCA